CAAUUUUGGAGUCCCGUCACGGGACCGGCCACCAAUCGAACAACGACCGGGGCUGCGGCAACCUUUCCAUGCGGUUGAGCAAAGCAGCGUCUUUGCUGUCUUUGCUAUGUUUAGCUCUAUGGGGGUUUGUUGGGUCUUUUGCUUCUAAUGAGAACAAGACUCGUAGUGUCGAAGACUUCUUCAGCAGUUCGCAACAAUCUGGACAUACGAAUAAUUGGGCCGUUCUGGUUUGUUCGUCGAGAUAUUGGUUUAACUAUCGCCAUAUAGCAAAUGCCCUGGGCAUAUAUCGAACCGUCAAGAGGCUCGGCAUCCCCGAUUCCAAUAUCAUCCUGAUGCUCGCGGAUGAUAUUGCAUGCAAUAAGAGAAACAAGUACCCCGCUACUGUCUUUGCAAACCCUGGCCGGAUUCUUGACUUGUAUGGGGACAACAUCGAGGUCGACUAUCGAGGAUACGAAGUCACUGUAGAGAAUUUCAUCCGAUUAUUGACUGGGAGAGUCGAUGAAUCCAUGCCGCGGUCAAAACGUCUGCUGACGGACGAGCGAAGCAAUAUCAUCAUCUAUAUGGCCGGCCAUGGAGGCGUUGAAUUUCUGAAAUUCCAAGAUAACGAAGAGAUCAGUGCAUUCGACCUUGCCGACGCUUUUGAGCAGAUGUGGCAAAAGAAGAGGUAUCGGGAAAUAUUCUUCAUGGUUGACACCUGCCAAGCAGUUUCAAUGUAUUCAAAGUUCUACUCCCCGAAUAUUCUCGCAACUGGAUCAUCCCAAGUCGGAGAAAGCUCUUACUCGUACGAGAACGAUGACGAGAUUGGUGUUUCAGUUAUAGACAGUUAUACCCACUUCGUCCUUGAAUACCUCGAGGGCAUCAACAAAACCAGUCAAGCCACGAUGGAAGAUUUCUUCGCCAUGUACGAUCCAAUAGGCAUGAAGUCUAGCCCAGGCAUCCGCAAAGAUUUGUUUACAUCCCGCCCUCUUAACCAAACGCUCAUAACAGACUUCUUCGGUGGCGUCGCGCAAGCUCAACUCCUAGAUGACUACACCUACGAAAACAUCGACAGAAUUCGGGGCAGCAUUUCUGGGGUGGACGAGAACCACUCAUACGCACGCUCACAUUCGCACCUUGACAGCAAGCCAUCUGGCGUCGCUCACCAUCAGCCGACAUUGACAGAAUCACCGAACGAUCCCGCUUUGGUCGACAAAACAACAGCCGCUUUCCCUCCAAGAGGCAUUCGCAAAGAAUCAUCAGAAAAGUAUAUACGAGUGUGGCUCACGAUUAUAAGUCUGGGAGCACUCUGUUUGUUCACCGUUUGGCCGAGUACUAGUAGAACCACGCCGAAACGGACCCCUGUCCAUCAGCCUUAAUUAUUCUCAGUCCCCCGCCCCGUAGAGCUAUCUCGCCGCCGAUUGCAAAUUUUCCUUAUACAUCAUCUAUACACGCUUGUAUGCGUACCCUGAUGACCCUAAUACAUACUGUAUUAAUUAUUCAC